UAGAUCUGUUAACAGUGAGGAUAGUGAACAUUUCCGGAUUAUAACGCCAGCGUCAAGCUGCAUCACUUUACUAUCAGUCAUAGCAGGCGUGUGCGCGUGUCUCUCUCAAUGCUUAUUGUGUCUCGCUAAAGGGCGUGUGUCGCUGCCGGGGCUCUGUACUACCGUAGGCGUAGUUUGCUAACAGACUACACACAUUUAGCUAGCGCAAGAUCACGAGAACGUUCCACGGUUGUAAUUGUGGUUGAGCAUCUGUGAAGCUUGACCCGUUGACCUGAGACUCGAGAGGGAAGGAGGGUGGGCAGCAUUAUGGAGGAGGAGGACGCCAAAUCUUUCCUGGGGAAGUUUGUGGAGGAGUUCCCAGGUACUCUUGAGCAAGGCAGCCCGCUGCCCGUCAGUCCUCUGAGCCGCAGGGUCAGUGUGGAGGAACUGCAUGGAGAGAGCCUGGAGCUGGGCCUGAGGCUGCUGGCUGCCAGGGAUGCUCCUGCAGGCCUCAGUGCCCUCUUGUGCCAGGCAGCUCUGUCCCAGCUGCUGCUGUGUGACCUUUCACCCUGCCACUGCCCCCAGGAGGCUGAGGCCAGCCAGGACGAGGAACAGGAAGGAGUCUUGCUGCAGUCAGAGGCAGCCCAGCAUCUCUUCCUCAAUAAGCUGAUUGAGGUUGCGCUGGCCUGGCACAAAAACCUCCCCAGUCUCCCUGCCGUGUCCUCCCAGUUCCUCCGUUGUUCAGUUCAUGCCAUCAAGAACACAAGAAGAAAGAUGGAGGACAAGCACGUAGAGCUGGCCGAGUUCAAUCAGCUCUUCGGUUUCCAGGAUGGGGUGCACCGCGCCUACUUUGCUGUGUUUGAUGGCCACGGUGGAGUGGACGCUGCGACGUAUGCUGCCACGCACCUUCACGUCACUCUCAGCCAGCAGGAGACGCUGCAGAGCGACGCAGCUGCAGCUCUCAAAGCUGCUUUCAAACGCACUGAUGACAUGUUCAGAGGCAAAGCCAGGAGAGAGCGUCUGCGGAGUGGCAGUACGGGCGUCACUGUCCUGCUUCAAGGUCAGGAUCUGAACGUGGCCUGGCUGGGAGACUCCCAGGCCGUAUUGGUCAGACGGGGACAAGCUGUAGCACUCAUGGACCCCCAUAAACCAGACAGAGAGGAUGAGAAACAGAGGAUUGAGGAUCUUGGUGGGUGCAUCACCUUCAUGGGCUGCUGGCGUGUUAAUGGGACCUACGCUGUAUCCAGAGCUAUAGGUGAUUUUGACCAAAAGCCCUACGUGUCUGGAGAUGCAGACUGCUCAACAACGCAGCUGGCGGGGGACGAGGACUAUGUGCUGUUGGCAUGUGAUGGCUUCUUCGAUACAGUGAAACCUUCAGAGGUUCCAGAGCUGGUUCUUGAGGCCCUCCGGGAGCCCGGUGACCCCGAGGGAGGUGGAGAUGCUCCGCUGGAACUGUCCAAGGACGCCUUAGCACGGAGUGUUGCUCAGAAGCUGGUAGCCCAAGCCAAAGCAGCCGGUUCUAAUGAUAAUAUUACAGUAAUGCUUGUGUUUCUCCGCCCCCCUGAGCAGCUCCUGGCUGAAGACUCCACCACAGGAGUGAAGGUAACUCAGGACUCGUCCUCCCAGGAAACAGCAGGGCAGUGAGGCUGUAUGCCCGCUACCCAGACUGCUGCGUGCCAAGCUACUGACUGAGCAUUUUUCAGCCUUUGUGUUUGUUUCCUGGUGCUAAUCUAGACUGCUUACAGACUGACAAUGCUAAUGCAAUACACAGCCUAAAUAAAAUAGUUUGAAGGGAACACCCAACCAUUUUGAAAAAAAAUUAUAGAAUUUCACUUAACUGUAUAGAACAAUAGUGGUGCUACACAUCAUCUGUCUCACUCCUGUAUCAACGGUUGAGUGGAAGUUAUUUUUCAGACUGUUAGCUGGGGGGAAGUCCAGCUCAAUGGCAGGAGGCUAAUAGUUAGCAUUGGAGCAUCCAGCCAGUAUCCAGCACUCAGUAACAAUGAGAGGAAGAGAGCACCACUACUGUCCUACACAACAGCUGGGGGUAAAGAGAAGUAGUUUCAAGUUUUUCAAAGUGGGUGAACUAUCCCUUUAACACAGCAGCUGUGUUAUUACAUACAUUUGGGUGUAUUCAUAUUAUUCCACUCUUUAUGGGGUAACAAUACUGCCUCUGUUGCAGCUGUUGUCAGUCAGCUGAAAACACAGCAGAAAACAUGAAAAGUGCUUAAUAUUAGGUGGUGUCCUCUUCAUAAAUAGAAAACUUUGCCUAGAAAGACACGAGGCCCAGCUCGUCUCCAGCUAGUCACCUCUCAUUGGCUUUAAUCUAAAAGAGGCAGUGGCAGAUUGAAACAAGUGGAAUACUGUUAAUACACCCAAGCCUCUGAGAUAUAAUGGAUUCAUUGGCUGUUUUACAACAAUAUUAUGGGACCAGUCAGCACAGACACUGGGUGGUUCUGAAUUAUGUCAAAUCCAGUUCUGUUGCCUUUUUAUGACUUUUUAAAGAAAUCAUGCAAUCCUGUUUUUACCUUAAGUAUUGAUCAACUUAUUUGAUAUUGACUCUUUCAAAGGGCUUGGUUGUUUUCGGCGGGGAAGAAAGCACUAAAAUGACUAACAAACCUCUUCAGCA